UGUCAGAUCAUCCAGAGUUGACAACCGAGAUAUCAGAAAUGUCGAAUGACGCAUACAGGCAUACAGUUGCAAGCAAAGGAACCAACACAUUUAUCCCCGGACACUCGAAAGGCAGCUCCAAGGAGGCAACAUAAUCCUUGCUUCAUGCCAUCCUGAUCCCCCGAAGUUGCUUCUUGAUCGCCAUGGCGCUUAGCAGCGGCAUCCUCGCCUUGUCAAUCAUUGGAGUGCUGGUGGCUGGUAUAGUGACAGUGGUCGCCACGAUCGCCAUCUACCUAUGCGCCAAGGUCGCCGUGCAGAUGUAUCUGCAGAAGGAAGACAAGCCGGGCGGUCACCGGGACGGAGCUGCCGCCGGCAGCACGCCGAGGGUCGUGGACGAAGCCGCCGAGGUUGAGAUGGGAAGCAUGAGCUUUUUCAUCGAGGGCGUCCAGAACGAGCGGCCCGUUCGGUUCAGCUCGCAGCAGCUGCGGGGCUUCACCCAGGGCUUCGCGCACAAGCUCGGCUCCGGCGGCUUCGGCGUCGUGUACAGGGGCAGGUUCCCCAACGGCGCGCCCGUGGCCGUGAAGGUGCUGAACAGCACGCUCGGGAGGCGCGCGGAGGAGCAGUUCAUGGCGGAGGUGGGCACCAUCGGGAGGACCUACCACAUCAACCUCGUCCGCCUCUACGGCUUCUGCUUCGACGCCGCCGUGAAGGCGCUCGUGUACGAGUACAUGGAGAACGGCUCGCUGGACCAGCACCUGUUCGGCACGCCGGCGCCGGAGGGCCGCGCCAUCGGGUUCGAGAAGCUGCACGAGAUCGCCGUCGGGACGGCCAAGGCGGUGCGGUACCUGCACGAGGAGUGCCAGCACCGGAUCAUCCACUACGACAUCAAGCCGGAGAACGUGCUGCUCGGCGCCGACUUCGGGCUCGCCAAGCUGUGCGACAGGGAGGACACCCACCUGACCAUCACGGGCGCGCGGGGCACGCCCGGGUACGCGGCGCCGGAGCUGUGGAUGCCGCUGCCGGUCACGCACAAGUGCGACGUGUACAGCUACGGGAUGCUGCUGUUCGAGAUGCUGGGGCGGCGGCGGAACCUGGAGCUCGGGCUGCACAACCGCGCUGAGAGCCAGGAGUGGUACCCGCGGUGGGUGUGGCACCGGUUCGUGGCCGGCGAGAUGGACGCCGUGCUGGCGCGCGCGAUGGCCGCGGGGGACCUGGAUGCCAUGGAGAAGGCGGCGAGGAUGUGCAAGGUGGCUCUGUGGUGCGUGCAGUACCGGCCGGAGGACAGGCCGUCCAUGGGCAACGUCGUGCGGAUGCUGGAGGGGGAGGAGCGGAUCGCCACGCCGGGCAACCCGUUCGCACACCUCGCAGCGUACAGCGCCGGCGCGACGCUGUCCGAUGACACCACCACGGAUUCCUACGGUUCUUCGGCUUUCACCGGCAGGUAG